UUCCCUUUUGUAGACUUCACAUAAUUGUCAAUGGCUCCAUGAUUAUCAUAGUCUAGCUUGUUCUUUUAGGAUGGUUGGAGGAUUCUCUUUCUGAUAUCCUAGCUGUACAACACACAUAUACAAACCAAACUAUAAAAUAAAAUCUCUUCAUUCUCUGCUAGAAAAAUUCUUUUUUUAUAACUGAUCAUUGUCUUAUUUGUUGUUCUUUUCUUCCCAUUAACAUUUGCUACCAAAACUAACUUUUCUUUUUUCAAAGUCUCACAUUUUUUCCACUGCAUAUUUUUCUUUCUAUUUGGACACCUUACAAAAAAUCAUCAAGGUUCAAACUUUGCUGCAUAAUUUUAAUCUCUGCAAUUGUAAAAUCCUCCAUAGAAAACACAUUUAUCUCUUCAAUUCUUCAAUCCAGAUUUGGUAUUCCAUCAGUUUCUGGGAAAAGAAAGAAAAAGUCUUCAUUUUUCAUUGGUCCACUAGGUCUUGAAGGGAAAGGCUAAAAAAAUAUAUUUUUUUUAUUAUCUUCAAAACCCCAUUUGGCUAUUGGAAGAAUAAUGCAUUGUUCAACUGGGUCCUGAGGGAAAGGAUAAAAAAGCUUCUUUUUUUUUCCUUCUUGUAACUACCAAUAGUUCGAGCUCGAAUUGAUACAAACUUUUAGCAGACUUUACUUAUCUCCUGAUCAAACUCUAGAUUAUCUGAGCUUCUUUCUCCUAAGAACCGGAGAGUUAAGACAAAAAUAUAUUGAAGCAAAUCAACAAAAAAUGGCAAAUCUAGUUCCUGGGGUGCUACUCAAACUAAUGCAGCAUAUGAACACAGACAUAAAAGUUGGUGGUGAGCAUAGGUCAUCACUGUUACAAGUAGUAAGCAUUGUUCCAGCACUAGCAGGUGGAGAUUUGUUUCCAAAUCAAGGCUUUUAUCUCAAGGUUUCUGAUUCAUCACAUUCCACCUAUGUCUCUCUCCCUGAUGAACAUGAUGAUCUUAUCCUAAGUGACAAGAUUCAAUUAGGCCAGUUUGUUUUUGUCGAUCGGUUCGAAGCUGCUUCGCCUGUUCCUAUUCUUCAUGGUGUUAGGCCUGUUCCUGGAAGACAUGCUUGUGUUGGAACUCCUGAAGACAUUGUUGCAACUCACUCACUUGGUUUUCUUAACAAUGCUGCUGAGGUUGUUAAGGUUAAGGUUGAGAAGAAUAAUAGUGUUUGUUCUGGUUUCAAGUCUCCAAGGAAAGUGUUGGAGAAAGCAAGAUCAUUGAAUGUUGAUGAAGAACAAUCAGAUAAGAAAUCAAUGGUUUUUGCUAGAUGUAAAUCACAGACAACAAAAGCUUGUGUUGAUGUUUUGAAGAAGGAAAAAUUAACAAGAUUGAAGUCAUUGAAUUCAAGGUCUACUAUUGUUCCUUCUUCACCUACUAGUUGUUAUUCUUUGCCUAAUUCUUUUGAGAAAUUUUCUAAUGGUGUUAAGCAACAAGAUAAUAUCAACGGUGUUCGCGGUGUUAGUCCUGUUGGAAAGAGAGUUGCAGUUGGAAAUUCAAUCAGAAAUUUGGUUCAAGGAAUUGAGUUUGGUGCUAAGGCUCUGAGAAAAAGCUGGGAAGGGAACAUGGAAAUUAAGAAUAAUAAAGAUACAUCCAAAUUAAGGGUUUCAAAGAGUGAUCCUAAGCUUGAAGUUCGUAGCACAACUCCUAGGAAAAGUACAUCAAGUGAGAAGUUUUCCUCUAAAGAUGAGAGCAAGACACAAGCACAAACCAAGUCCUCUAAGGAAGAGAACAAGAUUCAAACAUCUACAAAGAAACUUAUUGCUGAUGGAACUAUGGAAGAGCAAGAAAAGUCAAGUAAGAAAAGGAAUUCUUUUGGAAAGAAAUCAUCAGAAGCUGGAUUUCCUGGAAACUUAGUCAAGGUUUCUCCAAAUAGUAAAAAAGUGACAGAUGCAAGUGUUCAAUGGACUUCACUCCCUUCAUCUAUUGCAAAGCUUGGAAGGGAAGUAAUGAAGCACAGAGAUGCAGCACAAAUGGCAGCAACUGAGGCUAUACAAGAGGCUGCUGCUUCUGAGAGUUUGCUGCAAUGUCUUAGUGUAUAUGCAGAGCUAAGUAAUUCUGCUAAGGAACAUAAUCCGCAGCCUGCGAUAGAGCAGUUUUUAGCUCUUCACACGAGCCUGAAUAGCGCGCGGACGAUUGCAGACUCCCUUUGUAAAACCAUUCCAGAUGAUUCAUCUCCAGAUAAUGAAAGAAUGAUAACAGAAGAAACACUAAAACUCAAAUCAGAUAGACAAAAGCUUGCAGCUUCAUGGGUCCAAGCUGCCUUAUCCACCAAUCUAUCAUCCUUUUCUGUUUAUAAAAGAGAACCGCUAUCGUCCACGCUUCUACCUUCAAGUACAAGUAAUAAUUCUCAAAAUCAAAAUAAUGUUAUCGGAAGUAAACCAGUAUUAGUCCUAGAAAAUUCAAGAGAAGAUGUUUCAUCAAAAUCUAAUGGAAAAACCCGGCUGGCAUCAGCAGGUAAUUCAAAACAAGGCUUACAAGAUCGAACUCAACGCAAACAAAUUGAUCGGUCAGCAAACGUGCAAAAGCAAGUAGUAGAACCUCUUCCAGAAUGGAUUAAAGGAAAUGGCCUUGAAGAAGCAGUUAAUUUAGCCGAGACGCUGCAAGUGCGGUCGAGAGACUGGUUUCUGUUGUUUGUAGAGAAAUUCUUGGAGAGUGAUGGAGACAUUGGUUUGUCAAACAAUGGUGAAAUAGCAGGCAUGCUGAGUCAACUAAAAAGUGUAAAUGAUUGGUUAGAUGAGAUAGGAUGGAAUGAGGGUGAAUGGUGUCAGAUACCAGCCGAGACAAUUGAAAGACUUAGGAAGAAAAUAUAUGAAUAUCUUCUUACACAUGUUGAAUCUGCUGCUGCUGCACUUACUGCUGGAUCACAAUCACAAUCAACAGAGGUUAAAUCCAAAAGAUGAUAUAUCAAUACAUGAUGAUGAGUACAUAGCUUAGAUUAUUAUGGUGGCUAUUAGGAAAUUUGGUCACCAAAAAAUUGUUCAAGGACACACCAUAAAAUCAAAAUGAAAAUCUCUUAUAUUGUGCUUUUUAAGUAAGCAAUUUUGGUCUAUGUGAAAAUGUGAAAAAAUGAAAUGACAGAACAAAAUAAAUAUUUAAAAUUGUUCCUGUAUAGAAGAAACACAGAAUGGAUCACCUGAUAAUAGAAACACUUUAUCUGUUUAUUGUUCCUA